CGAAUAUAAGUCCGUGCUUAAGACAAUCUUAAAUAUAAGAACGGACUAUGAAUACCGGCCAUAGUCUGAUACGGGUUAUACGGUUACUGCUUAAACUUUUUACAUGUAGUGGCUUUAAUGGCUUUUACAGAAGUAUUCACUCUUUCUUGUAUGAGUCUAUGGUUUAACCGCAUAUAUGCAUUACGAACAUAACCUGUAUAUAUCACAGGAGGUAAUAUGAAAAAUUAUUUCAGUGUCAAAAACCAACUAAAUGUCACAUAGUUGACUGCACGUUAAAUACACAAUAAAAAAAAGGUUUAUCAACAUUACAUCAUGACUGAUACUUUGACAAGUGAACAAAAGAAAUUUUUAGAAGAAUGUGAAGAAGAGUUUAAAGAUCGGUAUACAGAAAAAGACAAUGAUUUCAUUAAAUUCAAAAGGCAAGAGCCAAAGGAACCACCAAUUGUUGAUCCUUGGUAUAAUAAACCACGUAGGCAGGAAUGGUCACGCCAACAUCAAGUUCAUGGUAGACGUAAUCAUUAUUACGAUCGUCGUAAUGAAAGGAAUGAAAGAUAUGGAAGAAAUGAAAGGAAUGAAAGAUAUGAGAGAAAUGAAAGAAAUGAAAGAAAUGAAAGAUAUGAGAGAAAUGAAAGAAAUGAAAGAUUUGAACGGCGUGCUGGUAAACACUUCAUGCAUCAACGGCAAAGGAUGUGUUAAUAUGCAAGAAUUUGAAUAAGAUGUAAACAUUGCUUUUAACUUAGUUAUUAUUUACAUGUAUUUAUAAGUAUAUAUAUGUAUGUAUAAGUGAUAACAUUUUUAAAAUAAAAUAUAUUUA